AAAAAUGUCAAAUUUAAAUCAACAUCAAAAUGAUUUUGUCAGUUACCACGUCCCUAUUCCCACCCAUGUAUAUACAACAACUGGAAGAAAACAAAGUAUUAAUCAACAAGGAGACUGGACAGCCUGCGAAACUUCAAGUAUAAAAUCUGGAAAAAGAACUUGCUGGGAUAAAAUUAAACUUGCUUUCUAUAUUGGAAUUAUAGUCUUUCUUAUUCUUCUGAUUCUUUUCAUUUUUAUUUGCUUUGUUGUGAUGCUAUUUAGUGAUGAACGUCCAUGGCGACGCAAACUAUUCCAUAGCGGGCAUUCCUCAUCGGGUUCGGCUAUGUCGACUGGAGAGUCUUCAACAGACUAA